UAGAAUUUUUAUGCGUAUUUUGUACAGAUUUGACUUUAGAAAUGGAUAAACUUAUAAGAAAUUUGCUUUGUAGUGACAAAUUGGAAAAUUUGGCUUACGAUGUAUACCGCGAGGUAAAUGGAUCAUUUCGUUCUGCUCCUGUAGUGAUUUAUCACGGUUUAUUCGAUAAUAAAAACAACUGGAAAAGAAUUGCUUCCUCUUUAGCCAAUGAUUUAUGUACAAAGAUUUACGCUGUAGAUAUGCGUAAUCAUGGAGAUAGUCCGACAUCAUCCAUGCUUAAUCACGAAGAAAAUAUCAAAGAUUUGAACAACUUUUUGCAAAAUAUUGGAGAACCAGUGAUCUUAAUAGCUCAUAGUUUUGGAGGAACCGCAGCUAUGGAUUUGGCUUUCAACAAGCCACAGCUGAUUAAGAAACUGAUUUUAAUCGAAGCAUCUCCAUUGAGAUGUGCAGAAAACGAAGCAAAUAGAGUCCUCCACAUUUUGUUCCAUAUGAAUCGAGCCAUAGCAUUUAUUCGCAAAAAUAAUUCUUUUAGUAAAGCAAAAUCUAUAUUAGAAGAGUACUUCCGGGAUAAAAUAAAGAUACCCGCGCUUUAUGAAAUAAUUGCAUCAAAUCUACGCGAAGAUACCUUUGGCAUAAACUGGAAGGUUAAUGUAAUGGCUGUGGAAAUGGCUAUAGUUCUUCAUAAAAUUUUUGAAAAUAUAUAUCCUUUACAAGGCGUGUAUCACGGAAAAACUUUGAUGAUUCAUACAUCAUCUUCGGAAUUAAUCGGGACAAACGAUUAUGAAAAUUUGAGGAAAUGUUUUCCGAAUGUAGAUUUCAAGUGCGUGGAGAGUUGCAGUAAUUGGAUUCACAUGGAAAAUCCGGAUGAACUAAGCAAAAUAAUAUAUGAACAAAUAUCAAAUAACUAACAUCAGGCUGAAAACUUCACUGCGAUGAUUUAUGUUAUUGAUUUCUGCACGAAAUUCGACGUUCACGUUUUACAGAUGAAAACUUCGGCCGCAACCUCUCUAAUUCUUCUGAUAACUUAGAAGUUACUUUGAUUUUUGUAUCAUUAACAAA